GUUCAUCUUUCUAUGAGGGCCGUGAUACGGAACCACUCCCCUUAAGGAGACCCUUCCCCGCGUCCAAUCAGCCCAGGCCUGGAUAUGAAUUCUGGCUUUACCGGCUAUAUUACCCCAGAUCCACCGGAGAUGUGGCAGCCAUACGGAGGCCUUGUCCAAUAUCUGAUGGCCUCCUUUUGCAUGACAUAACCUUCCCCGUUCAACUUCCGAAUUCCGACCCGCCAGCGUUGGCGAAGACUCGACUAUCCCUCUACGGCACGGAGUUAGAAAUAGGGGGUCCGCUCGUAUCGGCGUCGCCCACAACUACUAUAUUUUGUUCGGCAUAUGAUGCAGCGAUGUCGUGCAUGCCCGAUAUCAUAUUCUAUAAGAAUGUCCGAUGGCGUCCCGGAGGAUUGAACGCAAACUCAGCUUACCCAGGCCCAUUCUACGCUGACACCCUCCAUCGUAUCCUCGACCCAAAUAAAAGCAGACAAAAUGAAGUUUUCUUUGGUUGCCGCUACGGCCUUCAUUCUGUCAGCUGAGGCCCACACCAUCUUCCAGGAAGUCUCAGUCAAUGGACAAAGCCAGGGCAGGCUGGUUGGUCUCCGGGCACCCAACGACAAUAACCCCGUCACUGAUGUGAACUCCCAAGACAUAAUCUGCCAGAAGCAGGGCACAACCUCCAACCAGGUCAUCAGCGUCUCGCCGGGUGACAAGAUCGGCGCCUACUUCGGCCACAUCAUCGGCGGCGCUCAGUUCCCCAACGACCCGGACCACCCAAUCGCGAAGUCGCACAAAGGCCCGAUCACGGUAUGGCUUGCCAAAGUAGACAACGCGGCGACGGCGAGCAAGGCGGGACAGAAGUGGUUCAAGGUGUGGGAGGACACGUUCGACACAUCGAGUAAGCAGUGGGGUGUCGACCGCAUGAUCGCCAACCAAGGCUGGGUCAACUUCAGCCUGCCUCAGUGCAUCGCGCCCGGCGACUACCUCAUGCGUGUCGAGAUCCUCGCCCUGCACUCGGCCCACAUGCAGAACGGCGCCCAGUUCUACAUGUCGUGCGCGCAGAUACGCGUCGGCGGCAGCGGCUCCUUUUCUGCCAGCCAGACAGUCAGCUUCCCCGGCGCCUACCAGCGCAACGAUCCCAGCAUCGUCAUCAACAUCUACGGCCUCGCUGGCCAGCCCGACAACGCUGGCAAGCCGUACAGCGCGCCCGGAAACGUCCCCGUCAUCCAGUGUUAGAUUGGAGAGGGGAAGAGCGAGAUCUGUGGCCCCCUUUCGAUAGCGAUGCGCCACCGAGGGUGUCUGGGAAGCCAAUUACGCCUCGGGCCGGUCGUGUAUUACCUAGCUGUAGUUAACCAGCCGUAACCUUGAGAAUUCCUGCCAACAUGACAACCAGAUGAAACGUUCUCAUGACGAGCGGAGAAACUAGUCAGCCAAGGUGUAUAGCGUCUCGAUAGCUCUCUCCACCUCGCCACGGAACAUGUAGGCGCUUACACUUCCCUGUUUGGUUAGGGUAGGCUUACACAGCUCCCCAC